AUGAUCACCGGCUCGGCGGUGUACCAUGUCGUGGAAGCGAUGGCGCCGCUGUACACGGCGGCGGCGCUGGGAUUCGCGUCCGUGCGGUGGCUCAAGGCCUUCUCCGCGGAGCAGUGCGCAGGGAUCAAUCACUUCGUCGCCAUCUACGCCGUCCCCGUGCUCAUCUUCCAGAUGGUCUCCACCAACAACCCCUACGCCAUGAACGGCCGCCUCGUCGCCGCCGACACGCUGCAGAAGGCCGUCAUGCUGAUCGGCCUCAUGCUGUGGGCCGCCUUGGAGUCUCGCCCCUCGCGCCGCCGCGGCUCCAAGGUCUCGGCGUCGGCGGCGUCUCCGCUGCAGUGGGUGGUGACCGCCUUCUCCGUGUCGGCGCUGCCCAACACCAUCAUCAUGGGCGUGCCGCUCCUUGGCGGCAUGUACGGGCCCGUCUCCAAGGAGCUCAUGAAGCAGAUCGUCGUCAUGCAGUUCUGCGUCUGGUACAACGUUGUCAUCUUCAUAUACGAGUACAUGGCGGCCCGGCGCGCCGCCACGGCGGCGGAUGGCGUCAGCGCCAAGAUCAGCCCCGGGUCGCCGGGGACAGAGACGCCGCCGGAGAAAAUCUCCCCCAGUGCAAACGGCUCUGCGGCGGAGCGGGCCCACGAGGUAACCGUGAACAUUGAAAUCACGGAGAUUGUCCCGGCGUCUACGGCACAAAAAGGCGUGACCGACGACAGUACAACCACGGCGCUCGCGGAAGAGGGGGGUACUGGCGAAGAUGCCAAGGCGGCGGCAGCAAAGGAGGAAGCGGCGCCGCCGGCAUCCAAGACGGCGCCGUCGGUGGGGCAUAUCGCCUUGAAGGCAGGGAAGAAGGUUCUGAAGAUUCCCAAUACCUAUGCAAGCUUCCUUGGACUCAUCUGGUCCCUGAUCGCUUUCAAGUGUGGGAUCAAGAUGCCAAAGAUCAUCGACGACUCCCUGUUCACCAUCCAGACGACAGCAGUUGGCCUCAGCAUGUUCGCGUCAGGAACCUUCAUCGCUCGACAGUCGCGGUUCGUCCCGUGCGGCUACACGAUCGCGUCCAUGUCCAUGGUGCUCAAGUUUCUGAUAGGCCCCGUGGUGAUGCUGCUCGCGUCGCUCGCCAUCGGCAUGCACGGCACCCUGCUGCACAUUGCUGUUGUACAGGCAGCACUCCCCCUGGCCGUGACUUCAUUUGUGUACGCUGAAGAAUAUAAAGUCCAUGCAGACAUCAUGAGCACAGGGGUGAUUCUCGGCAUAUUUAUCUCGCUUCCUGUCACCAUUGUGUACUACAUUCUAUUGGGGUUGUGA